AUGGAAAAAGAUAAAACGCCUAGAGAAGAUAAAAAAACCUUGAGAGAAUCGAUGGUGAAAAAAUACCUGCUGACAGGCAAGAGCCCCGCAGUAAGCACGGACGAUAUGCACAAAGCUAUCGAGAAGCUUGCAAACAAGCUGGCUUGGCAUGCAUACAGACACGACUCCUGCUUGAAUGAGGAGGAGGCCUCCCUCACGCUGGAGGUAGCAAACGGCCUUGUGUUCAACGAGCUUUUGAAAAUGGUCCAAACACUCUCACACACUGGGCCAGAAAAGCCGGAAGCCUGCGCCGAUGUAACGCGCAUGGGCCUGCAUUUGAAGGCCUGCGCGCAAGAAAUAGCCAGCACAGUGAGCAAAGCUGUGUGCGAAAUGGAAGCAAAAACACAAGAUAUGCACGCCAGGAUGGUGGAGCCUGCGGAGAUGCGCCUUCAGGAAGCAAAGCGGAAAAUCUGGGGAAAAGAAGCCGAGGAGUGCGUGUGCAAAAUGAAGGUCUGGGUCACUGAGAUGGAGCUGGAGGGCCUGAUGGCGUACAGCCGGCUUCGCGCGCAGUACCGCGUGGUGGGCGUUGAGGACGGGAGAGAAGAGGACUUAGCCCGCGUGCGGAGCUCUUUGGAAGCGUGUCGCGAGGACCUGGAGGCUGCUACUCGGCAGGUUGCAGAGGAAAAGUGGCACAGAGAAGAGUGCCGCCAAAACAAAGAGAAGUACGAUGGCAUGCUGGCGUGGCUGAAAAUGCAUGUGGAUGCAUGCGCCGAGGUGCGCGACACCCUGUUUUCGGGCGUGUUCAGCGCGGCGGGAAGGGCGCUGCAUGGAUUGCAGAGUGAAAGCACGCUUGCGCGCUUGGCAGAAGAGCUAUGCAUGCGCCAAGGCGCUCCAGCGGAAAGCCCCGCGGAUGCCAUGAAGAGAAGGCAGAGGGAGAUCGAGUAUUCGCUGGCGGCACAUGCCGAGGAAAGAACCCGGCUUUUCGAGAAAGUCUGCGCUGCAGAAAAGAAAGAGGUGCUGCGGAAAGAGUCUGCGCGCGCGCUGACCGAAACGCUGGAGCGCAGCGAAGACGCGCGCCUGUGCAGCCUGGAGAGGCUGCUGCACACCGAGAAGGACCGCAUGGCUGCGCGCGCCGCAAAGAUGUGCAGGAAGUCUGUGGGCAGCGGAGGGUCUUUGCAGAAAACAGAGGCGGGCGAAGCCAUCGACAUGCAGAUGCACCGGCAAAUGCUGGAGGACCUGCUGAAGAGACAGACGGAGGAGAUGGAGCAGAGGCACGCCGAAGUCCGGGAAAAAAUGGCAAAGGUGAGGAGCGCCUGGCCCCUGAAGAGAGGCCUUGCUGCGCAGAAGCGCGCUGCAGACGAAAUCCGGGAGAUGCAGGAAAAGGUGCGGCAAAUCGAGAGCAAAAUGCUGCAGCUGUCUCAGGAAAAGGGCCGGGUUCGGGUUAUGGACAGCGUUGCGCAGGCGCACGAGGAUUUGUGGGACUUCGGGCUGAUAGGCGCUAUUGGAGAUGCUGUCAACAGCCUGCAAGAGAACCGCGAGCCUUUUUGCGCCUUCUCUGACGCUGUGCAUCUGCAUGAGAUGGCCCCUUCAAAGCUGCUGGAAAACGAGCCUCUGUCUGUUGGCGCGCGCCCGCAGAAGGCUGUCAGCCAAGCGCUGCCGAGAGACAAAAACAUAUCUAUGGACGCGCAGGCGUGGAAAGACGGGAAGCGGGAGCGGAUUAUGGAGGAGGUGCUGCGGCUGCAGAAUGAGAAGUCUGUGCUGAGUGAGGCUAUAAAUGCGCACUCCAACCUCAUCAAGGACUUGGAGGCGCUCAUAAGCCGCUCUGCAGAUGAUAGCAUGCACGUAAAUCGGCAUCUGCACGAAAAGCAAAGCAUGGAGGAGGCUUUGGCGAAGCUUGAAAAAAGGCUGCAAAGGGCAACCCGCAUGCUGAAGCGCGCAGAAGAGACCCUGGAGGCGAUCUAG